AUGGAAAUCCCACAGUUCACCUGCUAUUAUCAACAAUCUGCAAUGAUCCAAAAUGGCGGCUCUCCGUUGAAAGAAUCAAAAACCGUACAAACUCAAACGUUUUCAACAUCCAAAAUAACAACAGCUAUUCAGCUGAAGUCACGAAUACAACGAGAAAACUUACAAAGACAAAUUAAUUUCGAUUUUAAAUCACUGAAACUAAACAAUCCGAUAAUUUCUGUUCGAAGUCGACUUUUAAACGAUGAAGAUAAUGAUCAUAACGAGGCAGAGAAUCGGCAUUUGAGUGAUAUCGAACUUCUCCGACGAGUAUACGAUGAAUUACGACAUAAGAUAAGUCAAGCUUCACAGGAUGAAAAAAUAGCAAAACUGAAGAUAAACAAAGAGAUAAGCUGGAAAGAAUGCUUUCUUGGUGAACGAAUGCGAAGAUGGAGUCUUUGGUUCAUUAUCACCUUCUUGGCUGCAAUGACUAUUCGAGAUAUUACUCUGCUGGUGAUAGAAUACCUGGAAUAUCCGAAACAGUCGGAUAUGAAUAUAAUGUUCAAUGAAUCAAUGUACAUGCCAAAUAUUACAUUUUGCAUGUCGAGACAACAGGCUUGGAGCUAUCUUCCUCUCAACAAUUCAGAAUUGGCCGAUGAAUGGGACAGAAGAGUAAAGGGAGAACUCGAAAAACUGAAUUCUCGAAAGAAAUUUCUGCAUGAAGUCUGGGACUAUCGGCUAAUUGCUGAAGCAUAUGAGGUAAUCGCAACACUGAACAGUAUGGAGCGAGAAACAACAGCAAAAGGAUCCGCUCGAUCCAUCAAUUUUUUUCGUACUCAACCACGACUUCGAGCUAAACGAGCAAUGGUUAAGGCCUGGUUAAAUGAAAUUCAGCAUCGUGACGUAACAUUCGAAGAAUUGACUCAAAAAGUUGGCUUGGAAACUAUUAAAUAUUCAAUACGACGAUUCCAACGAACAACAUUUAAUGAAAGCAUGAAAAUUAAAACCAGAUUUAGAACCUCUUGGAUUUCAACAAUGCAGUUUUGUUUUCAACCAUGGUUUGACGCUGACAAUUACUUAGAAAUAAGAGACCAGGGAAAUUUCUUUACGAUGCUGUUAUCACAUAAUGCUGAUAAUUUGGAAGGCCUUAAUAUCGCCUGCAUGUCUGUUGAUUUUCACGGACGACCCAGUUCAUUAUCACGAUUCAUGGAGGGUCAAGGUCGAGCGAGAGACGGGUUUAAUGAUGAUUUGUGCCUUGGUAUCCGGCAUGAAGUGACAGUGGACGUACGCGCAAGAUAUGUGAUGCUUGAAAAUGACGACAAUGGCACGGCAUGUCGUAAGGCUAUCAAACAAGAAAAUGAAUUCGAUUGUCGGUCCAGAUGCCGCAUGGAAAUGAUCAGAGACAUGUGCAAAUGUACGCCACCCACUUUGAGUUACCUUGUAAAAAAUAAAAACGAAUACAAUGAAUUUCCAAUUUGUGAUUAUGAAAAAUGUAUAAUCGAUAUUAGGAAUAAUACAUACUCGGACCAGCAAUGCACCCGAAAGUGUUAUCGUUCCUGUGAUCAAAUCACCUAUGAAGUAAGUCACGUACAACAUGGCAAAACGUUUCAUCGUGGCUUCACAAUAAUUAAUUUAAACUGGGGUUCAUUUGAAUAUCUUACUCUGAGUCAAUAUUGGGUAUGGUCAAUGCCAACAUUUAUAGCAGCACUUGGUGGAUCUAUGGGAGCAUGGCUUGGACUUUCAAUUCUUAGUCUAAUACAGGGUAGCACAUAUCUAUACACCUUCUUAACCGCAACAAUCAAAAAAAAGCGCUUGCGACUGAAAAAUUGGAGCCGGAGGAACCCACCAACUUCAUCCACCGAUGAAAUCGUUACAUGCUACAGAAAAAAGAAUGAGCAAGUCUAG